GUCGCGGGAUAGAGCGCCGGAGGAGGGAAGCUCCCGGCUUUGGGCGGCUGGUCUCGGAAGCGGUCUCGUCCCCUUUCAUCCGAUUCAGAGAUGAAUUCGCUGGAACAAGCGGAAGAUCUCAAGGCUUUUGAAAGAAGACUAACUGAAUACAUAGCUUGUUUACAACCAGCUACUGGACGCUGGAGAAUAAUUCUUAUAGUGGUAUCAGUCUGUACAGCCACUGGUGCUUGGAACUGGUUAAUAGAUCCUGAAACACAGAAGGUAUCCUUUUUCACGUCUCUAUGGAAUCAUCCAUUCUUCACCAUUAGCUGUAUUACAUUAAUUGGUUUAUUUUUUGCUGGAAUACAUAAAAGAGUAGUGGCACCGUCAAUCAUAGCCGCUCGAUGUCGAACUGUUUUGGCGGAAUACAACAUGUCGUGCGACGAUACUGGAAAAUUAAUCUUGAAACCUCGGCUCCAUGUCCAAUAACCCAUAGCCUUUGUGCAGAGGAUUGUGGAAUUACACACACCGUUUUGUUUCUUCACUACAACGAGGCCAAAGGGGACCGAGAAAGAGGUGUGUCUUCAACCUUCGAUGGAAAGACGGGCAAAACGUCUGACGUCUCCACAGCUUUUCUGCCCGAACUCUGUGUUACCGAUUUCUCCUAGGACAGUAUUACCAUUUCCUCAUCUCUCAUGGCGAGGGGGUGCCGAGGCAGCCCUUCCGGAAACUCGUCUGCGUUUACCACACGCAAGUCAUUGUAAAUAGAAAACGGCUACAGUGUUUGUACUGCCAUUCGCCACAACGUUGUUGCUUUUUUUAACCAGCGCGUGUGUUUGUGGAUUGAGAGCCCUUCACUCCUUUCCAUGUCUGUGGUCCCGAUGUGUUGACAGGUCACAUCCAGAGUUUGUCGUGGUUUAUUCGAUGAAUGAGUUGACACGUUGCCUAAUGUUUCACAAUUGGGUCUUUCCUUCUGACAGCAGCAACCUCAAUCUCCUGGAACUUAUCAGCAGAACAUUUUAGACUAGAGUUACAUCCGGGUUGCCAUUUUGAGCUUCCCACAACUCUGCAAAUACAGUACGGUGUAAAGUUGGUUUCCUUUCUGGCUUUUGUUUGGACCCAGAUGAUGGGAGAGAGGCUCGAGAGUCACAUUUUACAUUUUCUUGCUAAUAAUUAUAAAUGUUUGGCCUCCAGCAUGUUUGAAGAAAGCAGAGGAAAAAAACGACAGAACAUCCCACACAAACACCUUGUGCCGGAUCAAGAAGCUGAUUUUUUUUUUUAGUCCUAAUUUUUCGCUUUGUGCAACCUUUGAUCUGCUCUGUUAUUCACAGCUUGCUGUUUUUCGCUCUUCCUCCUCCCGAGUUAUUCUUUUUCUCUCUCUGGAUAAAAACAAAAAACUCCCCAAUGUAUUGGAUUUGAAAUUGAUGCCGAGAGAGUUUUGUCGUGAAAUUAUAGUAUUUCUGAAUGGGAUGCAUUGUUUGUUCUUUAUAUUACUUGAUGAAAAGAAGUGCCAGAAGUGUAACAAAACCAUUUUGCUGCUCUUUUGGGUUUUGUUUUAGCCUGGUGCAUGCAGGAUGCCCACAAUGGACCUAAGACAAUUGAAGAAAUGGGGAGUAGGCUCUUAGCCUUGUAUUGGACACCCACCAUUUCCAAACUCAGCUUGAUGGGUAGCCAAGUUUUUCUGUGUAGCCAUUUGUGGACCCUUUUCUAGCGAUGACUGCAAAUAUCACUCCACGCUAGACGUGGUGAGCCAAAGCUCAGCAUCAUGGAAACCAUACGAGAUACUCUCAAACUGUAGUGCUCGGUGUUGAUCAUGGUUUAAUUUAGUAGAAGUACUGGAGACAUGAAGCUUUCACUGUGAUGUUGGAAGUGGUAGUCUCUUUGGAUGUGUUUCCUCACCAAAAAUAUCUGCUUAAGGAAAAGGUUUUGUACUCACGAGGUCAGGUUCUAGAUUGCUUAGUGACUCGUGUUUCUCCGUAUGAGGAAUUUCUUAAAACUCUUUUUUUUAACAAACUAUUUUAAUUAUCCUUGUUACACGGAAGUGUUAAAAUAAAAUUUUAAAAAACCAGUGGCUGUUACUCACAGUGUGACUUUUAAAAUACCGACCCAGGAAUUUCAUUUUAAAUCCGUGCGCCUUGUUUUUAAAAACAUACAAGCUAUUUUAAUAAGCGCAUUGCUCUUUUAAGACGCAGCUGAGACCAAAAGGAACUUCACCGUGCAAGAAUUUGUAGGAGAAGAAAUCUCUUGGAUUUAGAAAUAAUGCACAUCGAAGUCUUGAUUUUUCUUCUUUUGCUCUCGGAAGUGUCUUCUCUAUUCCUUACAUCGCCGCGGUUUUUAAGCAGCUGUACAAUUUUUUGUAGGAAUUGCCUUUUAAAUAAAUA